AUGAAGAUUCAAUUUGACUGCCGACACCGGAUUAGAGCAGGAACCGAGGAAACAGGAGACGGCGGCUGGGAGGUGUGCCUUGACCCGCCAUACAAUUUGAAACCGGGGAAAUGUUUAGUCUACUCCUUUGGGAUCAGCUACAAAUGGUCGUUUGACGAUUACAUGGACCAAGAAAAGAAGUGCGAAGUUCAUGCAUUCGAUCCAAGCAUAGGGCAAGAUGACUUCAAUCGCUCCGCAAACAUCCAUUUCCAUAAUCUAGGAUUAGGCGGAAAGAACUGGACCAAUGCUAAGAAAUGGAAAAUGUACACGCUUGGAUCCAUUGUGCGACUUCUGGGACAUAAAGAUCGAAUAAUCGACUUCCUGAAAAUCGACAUUGAAAAGAGCGAAUGGUCAAGUUUAGAGGCAAUGUACCUCGAGGGCGUACUGGUGCAAGUCAAACAGCUUGGAAUCGAGUUCCACGACGUGCCGAGCAACAGGAAGAGGGUUUCUAUCAUUAACAGACUGUACGAGCUCGGCUUUAGAAUAUAUUACACCAAACAGAACUUCUUUCAGCGGAGAAGGUCUCGACUCACGAGGCGCACCGUAUAUGGAUGCAUGGAGUCACAUUUUGUGAAUAUUAACUUUUAUAAGAAGAGUGAAAAGAGCUGA